AUAAGCCACCAUCGUUUAUGGAAUGAGAUCAGAGUUUCCAAAGUACAAAACAGAGCUUUUACAAUUACAGCAUUGGUAUCAGCGACGGAUGAAGUGAUUUACAUUUAUCACCUCGGGAAUAUUCUCAUCGAUCCUAAGUGGGUCUUGGUGAAGCAGAUCCAGAACCGAGCGGUGGACAAAAGUUCGACGAGGUUCUGGUACCUUGGGGCGUACGACGGCAAGAGUUUAGUGGUGAGGGAGAACGAAGUUAUUCAUGUGUACGACUUGAGUGCCGACGAGUGGGGAUUCGUAGGUUGGGUUCCACAGUGGUGCGAUGGUUUUCAAAAUUUUCACCAUUUUACACUGUCUUUAUCCUCUGCGAGAGAACUGAAUGAGAAGGUGGACGUCGAGAGGGUGACACCGGUUCGUGGUAAUAAUGGUGAACGCAUCUCCUCUCUAAGGAAAAUUAUGAGACUGAUUGAUGAUAGCAAUCCUUAUGCUCUGGCAUGGUUUAAGAAAAAUGAAAAGCGACUUGAAGAAGAAAAGAAAUCGAAGAUGAUGGUGGGUGAGCCUUCUUUCUCAAACGUGGAGAGAAUCAGCAAAAGAAAAAGAUCCAGUAGAAAAACUAGACUUGGAUGGUAACUAGUUAUGUUUUCUCUUGUAUUUUUACAGUAGAUUACUGUAUGCUUGUUUAUUGUUCUUCUUUUGGAUAUUGAGAAAAUUGAAGUGAAUAAAUUGAACCGUAGU